AUGCCGAUCCUAAAAUGGAAGCCAAAGAUCCAGUUUGGAAUCAGAAGGAUUGAUUCCAUGUCUAACAAGUCCAACUCUCAACCAACUUCAACUCUACCACCCCUUAAGUCUCUACCUGACCCUCCAAAUGACCCACUAACUGCUCCAAGUACCAUCAAUGGAGUCAACCGCAGUAAGCCUUCAGUAAACACUAACUACUUGAGUAACCGUGAUCAUUCACCUACACCUUAUUUAGAUCAGAAUAUUAACGUACCUCACAAUCAUAACCAUAAUGUUAAUAAUGGUGGACAAAAUGGCAAUCAUAACUUGAACCUUAAUGUUAAUCAUAAUGUAAAUGGUACUCGCAGUAACUACAGUGAUAGAAACAACUAUGGAGGUAACUACAAUGACAUGAAGGGAAGUUACAGUGACUCUAAAGGUAGCUACAGUGGCAGUGAUUACCAAACGCCAGUUUCAAUCUUACACAAAGACUCAGAUUACGGUAGUCAUUACUUGCAGAUCGACCGGCUUUUAAACAACCGUAGUAAAAGCCCUCGAAAUGUGAGGUUUGAAGAUGGUAAGUAUACUGUAUUAUAGUUUGGUACAAAGUUUUUUGUGAAUUAGUCAUAUGAGCGUUUUAAAUCUUGUCAGUAUUGCUAUCUAUCGUAACAUUGGUUAUAAUGUUAUAACGUAUAGUAACACGUAUUAUAUCAGAAAUGCAUAAUAGCCACGAACAUAACAAGCCGUCGUUAUUAGUCAGUUUGUGGCUGUAAAAGUUGUAAAACUUUAUUAUAUCUUUAUGUGUCUUUCCAUGGCAUUUGUUCAUGAUUGAUUGGGACUAGCGGUCAGUGCGAUCUCUAUUUCUCAUCUUGUUAUGUGUCAUGGCUCUGCUCUGUAUUAUCGACCAGUAUUUGAACUACGAUUGCGGUAGUAGUCAUACUGCAAAGUUUCCUGUAGUAUACGAGGAUUAUUGUGAGUGGUACUGGUUGUUGUUAAAAUGGUCCAGUUAUUAUAACAUAAACAUAUAUUAUGUCUUUAAAAACGGGAAAAAAGUCUAAAAUUAACAAAAAAAACUAAUUUUGAUAGAGUUAUAUAAUAGUAUCCAUACUAGUAAAGCUCUAUUUGCAAAUUUUAAAAGCCCAUCGGACCUCUUUAAAGUUAGAUUUCAAAUAAAACUCACACUGUUAGUUGAAAAACAACCCUCCAUGCUAAUUAAUUACUAGAGGUUUAACGUUUUUUCUGUUUGCUCAAAUAUCAACCGAACUCUUCUCUGACCGGUACAAAACGAUUGAGGCUGAAAGGCUCUUAACAAAGCUUUUAGCUGUUUUUUAUCAUCCUCAGCUUCCGUUUUUUAUCAUUUUUCUCUAAUGAUCAGUGGAAAGUAAGGAACGGUCAUUAUUCAUUGGAAAGUUUGAGUUUAUGGAAGUCUUGUUGCUGGCAUUUAAAAUUAGUUAUAGGUUUUUUGCAAAGUUGCCAUAGAAAAUGAAAAUAUUGCAAUAUCUUUUGUUUUAUCAGAAAAUCAAAAUUAAAGACAGGAAUAAUGUUAAAAAGUUCGAUCUUAUAAUUAAAAUGAUACUUCUGUAUAAGCGUCUAUCUUUCUAAUCAGUAUUAGUUCAUGAAUUUGUUUGUUAUUGUCAUAGUUAUUUACCACCUGAAUGGGUCUUUUGAACAAGAUUCAUAUGAUGUAUGGAUUUCAGUGUCAUUAUUUUUGUUUUUUAUAAAUCUUUUGCUUCAAAAGCUUUAAUUUUAGGUUAGCAUUCAUUUUUUAGUACAGUGUAAACUCUUUAUAGCGAACCGCUAGGGAUUAAAAAUUUGUUCGUAUACAGUAUUUUCUCAUACAUAGGUUCUACUGUAUAUAGUAUUAUAACAAAACUAUCAAAUGUAACAGCAAAAAAGUUUUGUCUUUAAUUUGUAUUCAUUUCCACGGUCAAACACGACAAGACUUUCUAAAACAUCUUAAUACUCCUAGGAGGAGCUCCUCCUUUCGAGAGCUCUUAUAACUUACAUAGUAGCUUUGUAUGCCCAGUUAGGCCCAAUUUUAAUAAUUUCAAAAUUCCAAAUAAAAAAGCCAAGAUUUGUUACAACAAAACAAGAUCAGUAUUAAUUCAGCGUUUUCCCGUGAUUUUGAUCUUGAGUCUUUUUAAAUUGCGGCUCUGUGAUCAAACUGCGUUCUUUUUGUUUCUGCAAAUAUCAGUGAGAACAGGGCAGCUUUUGUACUCGAUUAAUUCUCAGUUAAUUAAGCGGUUUGUUUUGCUUUUUUUAAAGAUAUUGUUCUUGGGUUUAAAAAACUUGUCGUUGAAGUAAUAUUUGUUUAAUAAGUUGAAGGGCUUGACACUUUAGAUACAUUAUAGAUGCUAUCAUGGACAUUUUUUCAUAGUUUACAUUUUUUUGCAUUAAAAAUUUUUAAUUUUGUAAUCUGACAAGGGAGGUAACUUAAAUCGCCCCUCGACUUUGGGACGAAACCUAUAUAUUCAGAAAGCCCUGUAAUCACUGAUUAUGGAUCUGAAAACCGUUUUUCUGUGUGGAGCUUAGUUUUCGAGAAAAUCGACUUUAAAUUUUCAUUGAAUCCCCAAAAACUAAGCUCCAUACGGAAAAACGGUUUUCAGAUCCAUACUCAGUGAUUACAGGGCUUUCAAAAUAUAUAGGUUUCGUCCCAAAGUCGAGGGGCGAUUUAAGUUACCUCCCUUGUGAGCAAAAUUAAGCCCUAAACCUAGUUUAACUUUACUUUCCGUCGCUUGUGGACUAGUUUUAUGCGAAUUUAACUGACAUGGAAAAACAUGUGUCAUCGUUUGGAAUAAAUUGGAAGUCCUACAGAUAAAUGGACUUUUUUCAAAAAAACAUUGGCCUUAUGCUGGCCAAAUCACAUGUUUGAAAGCAGCCAAAAGUGAAAGAAAGGGUUAUUAGGUCAAGACCGAUGAUAUUUCGGGUCUAAAGGUUGAUAAACGGCUCUAUAUCUUUUUGAAAGUUAUAUAAACAUAUAUAUUUCUUUAGUUUUUAAAAAUUUUUAGCUGAUUGUAAAGUAAGAACUUCAAAAAUAUUUUUUUGACAUGAAAAGAGAAGUCUAUAUUUAAUCAAAAAGUCUAUAAAUUAUUAAAAAUUAGGUAUUUAAGCUUAUUUUUCACUAAUUAGUGCUCUUUUAGGCGUAGGCUCAAACUCUGUCCCAGCUACACCAAACUCUCAACGUCGUCAACCUCAAUCUCAAAACCUACCACACUCUAGUGUGAAUCGACCUCUAACAUCGUCAGUAAACUUUACUCCGCCUCAUGCUCUACCUCCAACUUAUAACCCUGCCCGUUCCACGCCCCAACCAAUUCCGAUGAAUGUUGUUGGCGCGGAGACUUUGUCUGGUCAUAUCUCGGAUUCUGGCAUCUCUAGACAGUCGGACUAUGGCUACAGACAGCCAUCACCAUUGACUGUGAAUGGCAGAUCAAAUGGUUAUCACAGUGAUUACGGAGCUUUGCCACAGAAGAGGAUGAACAGAGACAAUGGACAUAUCAGUGAUGACAUGAGUAAGUUGGACGGGUAAUACUAAGCUAACCAAUCUUUAUUUUUAAGUAAAAUCGCCGAGUCUUACUUAAAGUCCUUGAGGUUUUAUAGCAAUAUUUUGCCUAAACUAACAUUUUAUGACAUUAUUUUAACUAAUCUUAAGCUUAUCAGCCUUAACACUUGCUUUUUAGUACCGAAAGAGUACGCGCCUCCUCGUCCGCCUCGUCAACAGUACGGUUUUAAUCAUAAUACAGCUUCAGAACGGGCUCAACAAAUCAUCAAUACCGUGAACGCCAACUCCAAAAACCGUGCCAAUGCCAUUCUACAACAACUACGGUCCGACGAUGGAGCUCUUUCUGAAUCCGACAUGUCUACGAAUGAAUUCCCUUACCAACGACUGCCAAUACCACCACAACGGAACAGCAGCAGUAGCGUGCUUAAUGCCAAAGGUAUGUUAGGUUUAUGGCUUGUCCAUUUCUGAGCGGACAUUAUAAAUAGGUAAUAUUUGGAACAGUAAAAAAUAUAUUUUGAAAAAUUAUUUGAAAUGAUUUCAGGCACAGUGUACCUUGAGUUCAACAAAGAAGUAAAACGAUCAGCUUUACCGAUGAAGAUCUACAGCCUCGAGCAAAUCAAGAGUUUAUUCUUGAGGUCGUUCCCGGCCCUGAAUCUUCAAUUUCUGAACCAAGAACACGUCAAGAUCUACAUUUCCGACAGAAAUUCUACUGGAGAUAACGUAUUGUUCUAUGAGCUGGAAGACAUCAGGUAAGAUAACCUGGCUUACCUUAUUCUUAAUAUUUUUAAUCUUGCUUUUGUAGUUUCCUUUGCUAAUAUUAUCAAUUGAUAUUGUUAACUUUACUACAAAAACUAUUUUCAGUGACAUUCGAGACCACUGUGUCCUCAAAAUCCACCAAAACCAAGCGAUUCGUGGUCCAGCUCCGGUCAGAUUUACCGAUUCCCUGCCAACCGACUACAUCAGUGAGCCUGAAAUGAUGGAUGACAGAAACACCCGUUAUGGCACUUAUCGUGGUCCCAAUCGACCAUCAAGUGUGGUACCAACUGAACAAGCUCGGUAUCCCGUAUAUGGGUCAGUUCAGAACAAUGGCCGAAAGAGUUCGAAUAUGUUGUCAUCUAGUCAUUACGAACCUUACUAUGAUCCUUACUAUAGUGACAGUAGUCAGGGGCCGAGAAGUGGCAGUGCUACGCCUGUCAUUGAUAAGGAAACCCGAUUCAGGGUGGAGAACAUGGAGAAACAAUUAAGCGAUCUCUCUCAUAUGGUCAGACAAGCCUUGCAUAAGGAUCAGUCGGAAGUAAGUUUUAACUUUAAAAAAUUUUAAUUGGAAUUUUUCUAAGUAUUAUCUAAAAUUUCUAAGUAUUAUCUAAAAUUUGCGUUUUUUAUUGGGAAGACAAAAGCAAUCGUUUUAUCACAAAAGGUUUUUGUUGCCUAAAAUUAGAUUUCAAAGCUAAAACUUUCUUUAGGACAUGCUGGACAUUGGUCGUCGUUUAAUGGAGAUGCGUUCUGAUGCCACAAGAUUAACGAAACCUAACAAAUCGACCGAGAAUGGCAAUUCGAUCAACCACAAUAAUCUAAAACUGGUCCAACGAAGUGCUCUACAUCUGAAAGCAGGUCUGAAUGAGUUGAAAGACAGCUUGAGAAUGGAUGCUCAAGCUCGUGGUGACAUCUUGAGAGACACAUUUUCAAGAUUAAACCACCGGUUACUAUUGUAUACAUCACAGAAAGAGAAAGAGCUACUAGAUGUUAAGGAUAGGGCAAGUACGAGUAAAGAAGAUACGGUGCUUGAUGGGCAGAAGGAUGAACAUUUGAGAAGUGUGGCACAGUUGGAGAACACUAUUCAGUAAGUUUUUGCAUGUUAUCGUAAUAGAAGAGUAUAUGAAUCAAACUCUAAUGUUAUUUUAAGCUUUGAUCACACAAUUUACUUAUUAUGAUGUUUUAGACAACUAGAAGACCGAAUUGAAGAACGUCGUGUCAGUGUUCUGAACAAGAACCAGAAACUUCGAAUGAAUGAAGUGGAAGAACUGGCAGCUCAAGUCAACGGCCUAGACCAACAAACCGACAGUUUGAAGGCAGAGUUCCAGAAUCUGGAGGAAGGUGUGAAUCGGCAUCUGAACAAGUAUCGAGAUGAAAUCGCCAAAGAUAUGGAGUUUUUGCGAAGGGAGCCCCUCAAUCUGGAGAGCUUCCAACGAAGAUGUGCUGCGCUUCAGAAUAUGCUACAGACAAUGAGGAAGUUGGCACUGGUACAGGAUCCAGCAAUGUACACAAAAGGCCAAAAUGGCACAAAUAAAAUGACAGUUUCUAAUGGGAAUGGUGUUAAUGGACAUUGUAAAUCAUUUUUUGAGGCAAAAGUUAUAGCAAGGUUUCAAAAAUGAUUUUUUUAAUAUUGUUAUUUAUGAAAAAAAAUUGGAUCUCUGGCGGCAAGCUAACAAAAAGAAAUCCAAAUUUAAAUUUAAAAAAUUUCACUAACUAAUAUUACAGCUCGACAAGACCUCCCACCCCUCCCCAACUCCAACCGAAUACCCAGUCCUAACCCUGGCCGUCUCCUAAACGGCUCAGCGGCCCAACCGACCUCACAACCAACUCGACCACCAUCCCAACUGCCAAAACCUACUCCACCCUCAAUCACCGCUCAGAAUAACAGUGCCAAUGUGUUGGAUUCAAUCCUGGACGAACUUAAUCACACAGCAAACUCAUUGCCAACUCUGGAUCAACCAAAUGGUGUGAAUGGGUAUGAAGGCAGUCCACCCAAAAGUCCCCCAAAGUCACCUUCCAAGUUGAAACAGUUUCGGAUAAACGAAAAUAAUGGCACAACUAGGCCUAAUGGGACCCCGGAAAAGUAAGAGAAUCAACCUUUUUUCGCAUAAAAUUAUUAUUAUUACAUUUUGACUAGAAUAAAAUUCAAAUUAAAAUUCAAUGGGUUUUAAUAAUUUUUUAAACCUUAAUUUUCAAAAAUAAAUUUAAAAAUUUUAGAGCGAACUCGGUAGAUCAACGUAGACGUGUUGAAAACGUGGGAAACCGAAUCCAAGCCCGACCAAUAAUACCCACUUCAGUACAGCGUACGAUAAUCAUACCAAAAAGCUCGUGA